ACGGUUGAAAGCAAGUGAAACAAAGAAAACAAUCAAAAUGAAACUGACUCUGGUUUUCCUGCUGGUUGGACUUGUGUGCGCCGUGUACGCUCAGGAUGCACCCAAGGACGUCAAAGGUGCUGCGGAUAAGGCCAAGGCCGACCUUCCCGAUGCUUCCAAGGUAGAUAAGGAUGCCACGACCACACCUGGCCCGAAGGAUGCUCAGAAGAAGGUCGAUGAUGCCACCGCAAAGGCUAAGGACGCUGCGGCCAAAGCCAAGGACGACAUCUCCGGAGUCGGCAAGAAGCUCCAGGACGGAUUCAAGCUUUAAGUGAAAUGCAUUUUCAACUUGAAGGUUGAAGACCAGUAUAGUUAAUUUAUUGCAAUCAGCGUUAAA